AUGAACGUCACGCAGGAUGCGGCCGGCCACGGCCUCGACGCCGGCCUCGUGCAGCAGCUCUACAACCACUACUGCCACCUUUCCUACCUGUCCGCCCUCGCGGCGGUGCUGCUCGUCGGCCACGCGCUGCGGCGCCACCGCAGGCUGAGCCGCUUCCGCGGUCCGCCUCUGGCCGCCGUGUCGGACGUGCCCCACCGCCUGGCCAUGCUCGGCGGCGAGUGCCAUUUGUUCUACGCGCGGGCGAACAACAAGUAUGGCCCCAUUGCCCGGGUGGCUCCAAACAUCCUCACGACGUCGUCGCCGGCCGUCUGGGCGCACGUCAACAACACCCCGGGCUACAAGCGCUCCGACUGGUACUACAAUGCCGAAGCAGAUGGCGCCCGGGUACUCUGGUCGUGA